CCCCUGCAGGUCACCGCUCGCCCUAGUUCCCAGGCUUUGGCCUCUGUUGAGCGAGAAUCCCGGCGCCUGCGGGUGUGGGUGCCGUCCGACGGGGCGGUACCAGGCGAGCGCGGGGCUGCGCGGGCAAGGGUUCGAGCGAACCGAGCGAAACCUCGAGCGGGGACCCCCGGGCCCGAGCCCCGGAGCCCGCAGUGCUGUGGCCGGAGGGGCUGAACCGGGCAGUGGUUCCCGCGGCAGAAAAGGCGGGCGCUGGGCGCUUCCUUGGUCCGGACCGUGCGCGCUGCCUCCGCGCGCUCCGGGACCGGCCCGUCUGCCUCGCCAGCGGCCCUGGUCUGAGUUUACCCACGGCCAGGCCGAGGCCCCGGGGACCGUGAGUUCCACGGGAGGCCGAUCUGGGUCUUCGAGGAACGUUGCGGCCGAAGUGCACUUGUCCUGCAGACCCCGACCCAGCUUUUCGUGAGCAGGACGUUCUCGGUGAGGUGGAAGAGGAGAUUCACGAGCAGAGGCUGCGCCUGAGAGAUCAGACCCGGACGCGGUCCGCUUACCCGAGCCGUGGGGCAGAGCCGAGCCACCCCCGAAAGGGUCCACCAUUACAGUUCUCAUAUACUUUUCCGAGAACAGUAGACAAUGAACAAAUCCCAGGAGUCAGUGUCAUUCAGGGAUGUGGCCGUGAACUUCACCCGGGAAGAGUGGCAGCAACUGGACUCUGAUGAGAAGAUAAUAUACCGGGAUGUGAUGCUGGAGAACUAUAGCCACUUAAUCUCACUGGGGUUUGAUAUUACCAAACCAGAUGUGAUCAUCAAGUUGGAGCAGGGAGAAGAGCCAUGGAUAGUAGAAGGUGAAGUCCCAUGUCAGAGUUGUCCAGAGGAAGCCUGGAAAGUUGAUGACCUGAUAGAAACUAUCCAAGAAAAUGAAGACAAACAUUCAAGGCAAACGGUAUCCAUCAACAACAGAUCCUCGAUUGGAGAGAGAGAGAAUAUAUUUCAUAAAACUUAUAAUGUGGAAACAAAUCUUGUUCCUUCAAGCAUAGUAUCUCGUAAUUGUGUUUCAUGUGGAAAAAGUGUAGAAUCUAGUUCAGAAUUAAUUAUUAGUGAUGGAAGCUAUGCAAGAAAGAAACCUGGUGAGUGUAGUGAAUGUGGGAAAACAUAUCAUGGAGAGGAACCCUGUGAAUUUGAUAAAAAUGGGGAAGCCUAUCAAAAUGAAAAUAUUCUUCAGAAAAUUAAUAUUUUGGAGAAGCCAUUUGAAUAUAAUGAAUGCAUGGAAGCCUUAAAAAAUGAAUCAGUUUUCAUUACUCACAAGAGCACUUAUAUGAGGGAAAAGCCGUAUGAUUGGAAUGAUUCUGGACCAGACUUCAUCCAGAUGUCAAAUUUCAAAGUAUAUCAGAGAUCACGAAUGGAAAUAAAGCCCUAUGAGUGCAGCGAAUGUGGAAAAUCCUUUUGUAAAAAGUCAAAAUUUAUUAUACAUCAGAGAGCUCACACAGGGGAAAAACCUUAUGCGUGUAAUGUGUGUGGGAAAUCCUUCAGCCAAAAAGGAACUCUGACCGUACAUCGGAGAUCACACUUAGAGGAGAAGCCCUAUAAAUGUAAUGAAUGUGGGAAAACUUUCUGUCAGAAGUUACACCUCACUCAACAUCAGAGAACUCAUUCAGGAGAGAAACCGUAUGAAUGUAAUGAAUGUGGGAAAACCUUUUGCCAAAAGACACAUCUCACUCUACAUCAGAGAAAUCAUUCAGGAGAGAGACCCUAUCCAUGUAAUGAGUGUGGAAAAUCCUUCUCCCGGAAGUCAGCACUCAGUGAUCAUCAGAGGACACACACAGGAGAGAAGCUUUAUAAAUGUAAUGAAUGUGGAAAAUCCUACUAUCGAAAAUCCACCCUUAUUACUCAUCAGAGAACACACACAGGAGAGAAGCCCUAUCAGUGUAGUGAAUGUGGAAAAUUUUUUUCUCGGGUGUCAUACCUAACUAUACAUUAUAGAAGUCAUUUAGAAGAGAAACCAUAUGAAUGUAACGAAUGUGGCAAAACCUUCAAUUUAAAUUCAGCUUUUAUUAGACAUCGGAAAGUACAUACAGAAGAGAAACUGCACGAAUGUCAUGAAUGCGGAAAGUUGGCUCGGUUCUCAAAUUUCACUAAUCAUACAACUCAUUUAGGAGAGAAACCCUAUGAAUGUAAUGAAUGUGGGAAAACUUUCCUUGAAAAUUCAGCCUUUGAUGGGCAUCACUUACUUCCAAAAGGGGAGAAGUCCUAUGCCUGUAAUAUAUGUGGGAAAUUAUUCUCUGACUUGUCAUACUACACUGAACAUUAUAGAAGUCAUUCAGAAGAAAAACCCUAUGGUUGUAACGAAUGUGGGAAAACUUUCUCCCAUAAUUCUUCCCUCUUUAGACAUCAAAGAGUACACACAGGAGAAAAACCUUAUGAGUGUUAUGAAUGUGGAAAAUUUUUCUCUCAGAAGUCAUAUCUCACUAUACAUCAUCGAAUUCAUUCAGGAGAAAAACCUUAUGAAUGUAGUAAGUGUGGGAAAGUCUUCUCUCGAAUGUCAAACCUUACUGUACACUAUAGAAGCCAUUCAGGAGAGAAACCCUAUGAAUGCAAUGAGUGUGGAAAAGUCUUUUCUCAGAAAUCAUACCUCACUGUACAUUAUAGAACUCAUUCAGGAGAAAAACCCUAUGAAUGUAGUGAAUGUGGAAAAAAAUUCCACCACAGGUCAGCCUUCAAUAGCCAUCAGAGAAUCCAUAGAAGAGGGAAUAGGAAUGUACUUGAUGUAGAAAAUUUCCUCUGAAGUCGUCUCAUGUCAGAAAACCCUCUGAAUAUAAUGACUGUGGGAAAUCCAAUAGAGAGUCAAAUGUCAUUGUUCAUAUGAGAUUUCUUGCAGGUAAGAGACUUCUAUCUCUUGAAUGGGGAAAACCAUUUAGUCAUUAUACUCAUUUUAAUCUGGAUUUUUGCAGGGAAGAAUCCCUAAGAAUGCCACAAGAAGAACCUUCAGCAAGUCCAUAACACUCAUUGUACACUAGGUAAUUUAUACAGGAAUUGAAUUUUACAGAUUUUUAUUUUGAAUUCUAAUUGUACUAUGUAUCAGGGAAUCAUGUCAAUAUGAUGAAUGGGUAAAGGAUAUAUUCUCUUGGAAAUAAUUAUAUUGAAAGCCAUAUUUCACAUGUAAAAUGUUUGUAGGAAAGGUACCAGAAAAUAUCAACUGUGAAUAAACAUUAUAUGAAGAGUUUUUAAAUCAUCAGGAGUUUAUAAUGAGGACAGUAGCAUUAAAUACAUAUCUGACAGUUCCUAUAAUUUUUCAAAUACAAUCUAAAAAUCCUAUGCAAGUAUGAAUUUCAGUAAUUUGUGAAAAAGCAGUACCAUACUUGAGUAUCAGGAUGGCAUAAUACAUAAUUCUCUACUGUUUAGAGGCAUUUACAAGUGGGUUUAAUGAAUGCCUCAUCAAUAAAGAAGCUAGUGAUUUUGUAAAAUUUUCAACUGCAGCUGAGCAAAAAGAUUUAAGUACUAUUUUCAUACACUGCAUAGGUAAUUUGGAAUUAAGUCUGUUUGAAUAAGAGAGAACAACUACUCAAACUCCAAUAAAAAUAAAUGCCCUUACAUAAAAUAUCGCUAGCUCUCAUAGUACUGUUAUUUUCGAAUCUGUAAAUUUGUACAGAGUGCCAAUAUUAUGUAAUUCAGAAAUUGUAUAUAUUUUUAUUUGAUAUGAUAGAGUGUCAUUUAUAUUGGGCACUGCAUCUUAUUUCCAGUAUUUUGGAACAAAUUAAAGCAACUUCCUAGCAGACAUUUUUGGUUGAUUUUUCUUUCUCAUUCCUUGCUGGAAGAAUUUGGGUGUCUGCCAUUUCCUCAGGAGUCCCUGGGAGAGCAGAUGGUUAAGCACUCAGCUACUAGCUGGAAUGUUGGUGGUUCAGACCUACCCAGAUGUGCCUCAGAAGACAGGGUUGGCAAUCUGCUUUUGAAAGGACAAAGCCUUGAAAAUCCCAUGGAGCAGUUCUCCUCUGCACAAAUGAAGUCACUAUGAAUUGGAAUUGACUGGGAGACCACUGACAACAACAGCAACAGCUAACGUUGAGCAUUGUUUCAUUUGUUGGCCAUUUGAGUAUCCUCUUUAGUGAACUGUCUAUUCAAGUCCUUUGCCCAUUUUUUUAUUGGGUUGUUUGUCAUUUUGUUGUUAAGGUAUAGAAAUCUUAUAUAUAUAUAUAUUUUUUGGAUAUUAUGCCCCUGUUACAUGGUUCUGAAAACUUUCUCCCAAUCUGUAGGUUGUCUUUUCACUUUGUUCAUGAAGUCAUUUGAUGAACAAAAGUAUUUAAUUUUUAUGAAGUCCCAUUUAUCUAUUUUAUCGUUUGGUGCUGGAAUUUUUUUUUUUUUUUGUCAUAUCUGGUAAUCUGUCAUUGAAUACUAGGUCCCAACAGCCUAGACCCUACCCUUUCCUUUAAGAAAUUUAGGGUUUUACUUUCACAUUUAGGUUCCUUGAUUAUAGUGGAAUUUUGGUUCAAACCCAGGCCUCUGAUUCCAGACCCUAAAUCCUUAGCCAUUACAUUUUGCCUUGCUGCUUAUUGUAAUAUGUGUUAUGGUUUAUAUAUCCUUUCACCAUACUUAGUCUGUAUGCUGAGCAAAUAAUCUGAGAAACUAGACUAUAUGAAGAAGAACAUGGCAUCAGGAUUGGAAGAAGACUCAUUGACAGCCUACGAUAUGCAGAUGACCGCCUUGCUUAAUGAAAGCGAAGAGGACUUGAAGCACUUUACUGAUGAAGCUCAGAGGCUACAGUAUGGAUUAUGCCUCAAUAUAAAGAAAACAAAAAUUCUCACAACUAGUCCAAUAAACAACAUCAUGAUAAAUGGAGAAAAUGUUGAAGUUGUUGAGGAUUUCAUUUUAGUUGGAUUCACAGUCAACACCCACGGAAAUAACAGGAAAUCAAACAACAUUGCAUUGGGCAAAUCUGCAAAAGAGCUCUUCAAAGCAUUUUUUUUUUUAAAGGCAAAGAUGUCACUUUGAGGACUAAGGUACAUCUGACACAAGCCAUGGUAUUUUCAGUCACCUCGUGCAUGCAAAAGCUGGACAAUGAAUAAGGAAGACCAAAGAACUGAUGCCUUUGAAUUGUAUUGUUGGUGAGGAAUACUGAAUUCGCCACGAAUUGCAAAAGGACGAACAAAUCUGUCUUGGAAAUGGACAGCAAGGAUGCUCUCAGAAGUGAGGGUGGUGAGACUUUGUCUCCCUUUGGACGUGUUAUCAGGAGGGACCAGUCCCUGGAAAAGGACAUCAUGCUUGGUAAAGUACAGGGUCAUCCGUAGAGAUUAAGACCCUCAACAAGAUGGAUUGACACAGUGGCUGCAACGAUGGGCUCAAACAUGGUAGCAAUUGUGAGGAUGGUGCAGUGCUGGGCAGUGUUUUGUUCUGUUUUACAUAGGUUCACUAUGAUUCGGAACUGACUUGAUGGCACCUAACAGCAACGUAUGGUUUGCUUUUUUUCAGUUAACUAUAUAUCUGAGAUAUUCUAUAUUUCUACCUGCACUGCUUGUAACAUGUAUUUCAUAGUC